AUGACAAUCCGCGUAGGAACAGCCUCGCCCAAUACCCAGCCUACCACCCCCCUCACCCUCUCCCUCCUGCACUCCAUCGCCUCCCGCGCCGCCGCCCAGCGCAUCGACAUCCUCCUCCUCCCGGAGGCCUUCAUCGGCGGCUACCCGCGCGGCACUGCCUUCGGCUGCGUCGUCGGCAGCCGCACCGCCGAGGGCCGCGAGGCGUACGCGCGAUACUUUGACCAGGCCAUUGACCUCGGCGACACCGUCGGCGAUGGCAGCGCCGGCGCCGGAUUGAAGUGGGUGCGGCGGGAGCUGCCGGGUUACGAGCAGGGUGGUGCUGGACGCGGGGACGGAUCGAGGGAGGAGCUGGAGCGGAUCGCGCGGGAUACGGGCGUGUUCUAUGUUACGGGUUGUAUUGAGAAGGCCGGGGGGAGCUUGUAUUGCGCGGCGGUAUAUGUGUGUCCGAAGGAGGGCAUCAUCGGCAAGCGGCGCAAGGUGAUGCCAACAGGCACGGAACGCCUCAUCUGGGCCCAGGGCCACCCCUCGACCCUCCGCGCCGUGUCCACCUUCAUCCGCGGCCAGCGCAUCAACCUCGCCGCCGCCAUCUGCUGGGAGAACUACAUGCCCCUCGUCCGGCAGGCCCUCUACGCGCAAAACAUCAACCUCUACCUCGCGCCCACGGCCGACGGCCGCGAGGGCUGGCUCAGCCUCAUGCGCACCAUCGGCGUCGAGGGCCGCUGCUUCGUCGUCAGCAGCAACAUGUGCGUCCGGGGCGACGAGGCGGACGGCACGGAUGCGGGGGACCGGGAUGUCGUGCCGGUGGCCGGGGGGUUUGGGGGUGCGAGGAGGAGUUCGGCGGUGGUUAUGGAUGAUGGGUUCGAGUUUGCGGUGCCGCCGCCAAAGGUGAGGCAUGGACGGCGGAAGAGCGUGUUUGACGAGGAUGGGAACGAGAUUGUGCUGUCGUGUCCCGCAGACAAUGGCGACGUCCAAGCCGAAGACGAAGCAGAAGACCAAGCACAUGCCCAAGCAAAAGCACAAGCGCAGGCGCAAGAGCAACAGAAGCAAAAACAGCUCCCCAAAGUCACAGAAGACGACACAACACAGAAUCAACAGCCCGCGUCCGUACCAAAAGCGCCCGUCUUCCUCUCCCGCGGCGGCUCCUCCAUCGUCUCUCCGUUUGGUGACGUCCUCGCCGGUCCGCAGUGGGAAGACGAGGAUAAUCUCAUUUAUGCAGAUAUCGAUCUACGGGAUUGUAUCCGUGGGAGACUGGAUCUGGACACGGCGGGAAGUUAUUCGAGGAACGAUGCGUUCAAGCUGACGGUUGACGGGUUGGAUUUGGAUCCUCUGCCUUAUUGA